UGUAAUGUUACUUUUAGUUUGAUGUCGGAGCCUCGACGAGCCGGUUGUAAGCGUGACUUUCGUUUAAUUCUACUUUAUUAUUGUUGUUGUUCGCCGUCGACGUCGUCGUCGUCGCGCUCGACGUUGCCUCGUGUGUGAUUGUGUGUGCGUGUGUGUCUGCUGGUGUUGUGUGUUUUGUCUCAGUGUGUGUUUAGUUUAAGCGAAAUUGAAAGUUGUACAUUUUGCUACCCCCAAAAAGCAAAGCGCUGCAUACAAUCGCGCGCCCAUACCAACGUGUACACGCGAGUGUGAGUGUGUACCUCGCCACACCACACCAACCAAAAACCAACCCCCACCAACAAGCGUAACAGCAACAACAAAAACAACAACAGCGGCAGCUACAAAAACAAAUCCAGCCAAGUUAGCACCACCCACAGUUGAAAAGCCUCCGCAUAGUCAUCGUCAUCGUCAUCGCCCAUCGCCUGUUUCUGUUUCUCCAAUUCGAUCAUAUUUCAAUUUCUCAGGCUCGACGCAGCGUUUAUGUUACAGUUACAGUUGUUAUUGGUGUUGGUUAGUGCAAUUUGAAAACAACCAACAAAAAAAGCGAAAGUGUUACACAAGCCCAAGCCCCAAAAUAUAAUAACGGGCAGUGAGCAGAGUCUCUAAAAACCAAAAGGCAGCAAUUCUACACAGGCAUCGCGGCUCCUGCCUGUGUGUGUGUGUGCGUGCGUGAGACAGCGACCUGUGCGUGUAUGCGUAAAUCUCUGUUAACAACAUAAAACUGUCAUGAUGAAUUUCUCCGCAUUCGGCGGCCCUUUCUCUGGCAUUCAUCAGUUUGCCGCUAAAUUUGAUGCACAAACACCGGGCGCAUUUGGUACGCCGCCGGUGAACUCUGCGGCCGCUGCAGCGGGCAGCGACAAUCAUGUGCAGCGCUAUCAGACCAAUGGCAAUCAUUUCAAUCAGAAUGUGCCCAACGUUUCGGCGGCCAAUAAUAUGCAAUAUGGUCAAAAUAUAUCCAUACCAUACUCGCAGCCGCAGAGUGAUCUGAACUUUCUGAAUGCGGCCGCUGCAGCGGAUCAUAAGGGUAAAAUCCAUCCAAAAAUUGAACGUGACCGGGAAGAAGUGCUCAAUCAGCAAAUCUUACAGAAUGUCAAUCAGUCGUGGCAAACGCUGGCCAAUACGGCCAACACGGUCGACUAUUCAUCGCAUUUGCUAUCCGCAACACUGCCAAUCUCCAUACAGCACUUCCUCAAGUAUUCGGAAACAAUAAAGAAGGAGUCCACGGGCGAUGUCCUCAAGAAUGGCACCAAUUUGGCCAGCUUGGCGCUGGGUGGCGUGGCACUAACGCCCAGCAAUAAUGGCGCCAACGGCGGCGGCCAUCACAAUGGCGGCCUGGUGGGCAUGGAUCACGGCGGCCACAUGACCAGCAUGACGGACGCAAACGGCUCUGCGCUGGCCAAUGGCGGCGCCAGCAACGGGGUCAAUGGCAAUGCGAAUGGUGCGGUUAGUAACGGGGCCGCCGUCUCGAGCACCGCGGCGGUGGGCACCACAAAUGCCACAGGUGGCACCACCACCACCGGCAAGAAGACCAAAAAGAAGAAACCGCCAAAGGAGAAGAAGCCGCGUCCCAAGCCCGGCGAAAUACGUGAAACGAAAGCGUUGGACGGCUCCACGCUCUACUGUUGCCCCGAAUGCCAGAUGGCCUAUCCGGACCGUAGCCUGAUCGAGCAGCAUGUCAUCUCGCAUGCCGUCGAGCGGCGCUUCGUCUGCGAUAUCUGCAAUGCGGCGCUCAAGCGCAAGGAUCACUUGACCAGGCACAAGCUAUCCCACAUACCGGACAGGCCGCAUGUGUGCAAUAUCUGCAUGAAGUCCUUCAAGCGCAAGGAACAGCUCACCUUGCACAUUGUCAUACACUCGGGCGAAAAGAAGCACGUCUGCAUUGAGUGCGGCAAAGGUUUCUAUCGCAAGGAUCACUUGCGUAAACACACGCGUUCGCAUAUUGCGCGUCGCGUCAAGUCGGAGGUCUCAGCCCAGAACGUGAAUGGCAGCGCCGGGAACAAUGCGCAGAAUAAUGCGCUACACGGUUCCUGAGGUUCGUACAAGGACUUUUGGUAAAUUCACAAAUACAUUUCAGGCCCCAAAAGGCGGCUAAGUUGUUGCUAAACAAAUUGAAGCCGCAAAUUGUGCAUUUUUGUUUGGCAAAAGCUGAGCUGCUUUUGAAAUGUGUUUGGAGUUUACCGAAGGUCCUGCUGAGCGUCACCCAAAUCCAAUAACCCUCUCAAAAAAAAAAAAAACAAACAAGAAGUUAUACUACAAAAUGCAAGUAUUAGUUGAAUUUUGUUUAAGACCCUUUCAGUUCUUUAGCUUUGGUUCUUUCAGUUCAAGUUUUCGCACAAAAACAGUUAAGCAAAGUUUAGCAAUUUAAUGUACAAACAAAACAAAACAAAAAAAUGGUGGAAAAGGGAAGCGAAAGGAAUUUCGAGUUGGAUUUUUAAAUUUAAAAUAUGCGCAUAGUUGGCUUUCAUUUCUUUAUGAGGAUCUGUGAUCUUUGCUGCAUAAACUUAAAAAAAAAAAAGAAAGCUUUUAAUUGUAAGCGAAUAAUUUUUAAUGGAAUACAAAUUUAUGUGCAAUUUUCUUUGAACACCAUUUUUAAUUGAAUUUUCUUUUUGUUUUUGUUUUUGUUUUUGGUUUUUGGCAUAUUUCGCAACAACUUAAAUAAAUGUACUUAGAAUAAGUUUUGAAAAAUUACAAAAAAGAAUUCAUUUGAUGCGCAUAUUAAUUAAGUCGAAUUGUAACGGUAUAUAUAUAUAUAUAUGCAUAAUUAUAUAUUUCUAGUCUUAUACUUUAUUUCAACAAUUACGAAACGCGAAUGUCAUGUAUUUUUAAGAAUUUUUAAACUUAAUGUUCAAAGUGAAGCAAACACUAAACAGUCGAAUGCAAUACAAGCUCGCAUCUUUGCAGGCCCAACUUCCAGUCGUCGUUUAAAUCAAACUAACUAUCCAUUUAAGAGAAUCAGACCGAUUACAAUACACCAUAUUAACAUACAAGUAUACUCUAUAGCUAUAGCCAACCUACCAUGCUUACCAAAAGAAUAAAAACAAAAACAUAACCACAAAUAUAUAUAUACAACCCAUAUGAUAUAAUCGAUCCAAAA